UAUAUUUGAAUUCGCUGGCAUAUUAUUUAUAGACAUUAACUUAUAAGUAGUCAAAUUUAGAACACCAAGAGGAACAGCUUGGUAUGUUGUUUAAGUUUUACAUUCUGAAGAUCUUUAGCUUGCAUAAGUAGCAUUGGACUGUGUGCCCCUCUGGUAUGAAAAUGUUGUUUGUUUUCUACUAAUUAUCCUGUGAAGAGUAGGCGUGAGAUGGCAAUGUCAUUGGAUUGGCAUAAAUUAGUUUAUUACAGCAGAAUUGCUGGGAGGGGUGGGAGGAAUGACACUCUGGAGAUUGCUUGAACUCAUACAUUUCUGCUGCCAAAGUUUACAGGCCUGUAAAUUUAAAUGUAGAAUUUUUGUAGGCAGGAUGCAUUGACAGAUAUGCUUAAUGGAAAUACAUCUAGUUCUGAGCCUCAGAACAGGUCAAUAAUAAUGCUUAUAUUGAUAGCAGCAAUGUAGGAGAUGUUAUUUGGUAUUAAAGCUAAAAUCCAUGUUAUCCCCUUAAUCAUAAUUACAUUAAUAUCGACAGGCCCUUGACAAUACCCACUUUAGUAUUGAUAGAUUUCUGUCAAUAAUGCAUUUCUAAAUAAAAUACAUUCAUUCAUAAUUUGUAUAAUACACAGUAAGCAAUAUUAACACAUAUCAGAAAAAUAUACCUAUUUAAUUAAUGAUACUCAAUAAUUUCUUGUCUUAGAAUGCAUUACUGGUCAAUAACAGUAGUUUAGUUUAGUAAAAAUAAAAAUACGAAUAAUAGCAUUUUUAAACGAAUUAAAUACAAAGUACCUGAGAAUUAAUAGAGCAGUGAAGAUGUCAGGCACAACUUGUGUAAAGUUAUGACCUAGGUAGGGCUGCAUAGCCUAGAAAUUCUCUGGUUAUAUAUUUAAUACAUUCUGAACAGGAAAAUUGCUAUAUAACCUCAUAACUGUCUGACAGUUAAUAUGACAACAUUUCACAGAAAAUACAAAUGCAAAUUUGAGUGAAAAUCCAUGCUGAUGCCACAUUUGGAGGCAUUUAAGAUGGUAGCCAUCUGUUGAAAACUGGAAGUGAGAAAGUCUACUCAGAAACAGUGUUGAUCAUGUAAACGCACCUUAGGCUAUGUGAAACAGGAGGGAUCAUAGAAGAUACAAGUAGCAGUACUGGUAUUCUCUCGUUUAGCAACUACAGUUGGGACCAGCAAUUUAGUUGUUAAGCAGAGUGGCCACUAAGAGAAACUGCAACUCGAUUUAUGAUCUUAUUUCAAAACUUUUCUUUGUUUUACAGAACUGUGAAGGUUGUAAAUAUAAGUAUUGAUCAAAAAGAUACAUUUUCAUCACUGUCGUAAUCCAAACAAUCACAAAACAAGGAAAGUCUAUAUAAAGAUGGUGUGAGGGCUCCGUGUUGACCAUGGCAUCGAAGGACAACAAUGUCAACAAAGUGAUUCCUGUCCUCAGAAUUAGUCAGCUGGAUGCACUUGAACUGAACAAAGCCUUGGAACAACUAGUUUGGUCCCAGUUCUCUUGCUGUUUUCAUGGAUUUAAACCUGGACUCUUGGCUCGUUUUGAACCAGAAAUUAAAGCAUCUCUCUGGCUUUUUUUGUGGAGAUUCACCAUCUGCUCCAAGAAUGCAACAGUGGGACAGGCUCUACUGAACAUUCAAUACACAAAUGAUUUAUCCCAAAUACAGAAAUACCAGACAUUGAGCAAGCAACAGAAAUUAUGGUAUCUUAUUUGUACUGUUGGCGGGAAAUGGCUGGAAGAAAGGUGUUAUGAUUUAUUUAGCAAACGUCCAUUGGAGUCAUUCCAAAGGACAAAAUAUUUUAUUAACUUAAUAGUGAAGCUUCUCAGACUCUGUGAGUUGCUAAACUUCCUAAUUUUUCUUCAUAAGGGAAAAUUUGCUACACUUACUGAGCGUAUUUUAGGAAUUAGAUCAGUGUUCUGCCAGCCACAGGGUGUCCGUCCAAUUGCUUUUGAAUACAUGAACCGAGAACUCUUGUGGCAUGGAUUUGCUGAGUUUCUGGUGUUCCUUUUGCCACUUAUUAACAUGCAGAAACUCAAACUCAAGAUUUCUUCUUGGUCUUUACCUGUUAGGAAAAACUUCAGUAAUGAAAGUAUGUCAGAAAUAAGUCACAAGGAAUGUUCUGUGUGCGGGGAAUGGCCUACUAUGCCUCAUACUAUUGGCUGCUCACAUGUUUUUUGUUACUAUUGUAUUAAAAGUUGCUUCUUAUCGGAUAUAUACUUUACCUGUCCUAAAUGUGGCACCGAGGUGCAAGAUCUCCAGCCGUUAAAAUAUAAGUUAGAAAUGAAAGAGAUAUAACUGACUUGAUGUUUUCCUCAAACCCAUAACGAAAUAUAAUUCAUAAAAAUAACAGAAAUAAUUUACAUGUACUGCAUAUUUUAGUUGGGUUCUUCCUCCCCCCCCCCCCAAUUGUCUUUCUAUAAUUCAUUCCUAUAUAGACUGCUUAAUUUAUUGUAAACAGGUGCUCUAAUUAUCAUGUACUCGAAACCCAAUAAACUGCUUUUUAAAAGAUA